GCCCCACAGACCCAUCAUAGAGCCCCGAACGGAGUCGUGUAGUAGACGCGAUUCUCCUGCGACGUGAACUUCUGUUCCACCUAGGGCCACAUUCUUCUCGUUUUACCACCCCAGUCGAAGUAUGUCAGUGGUUCCUGAAUCUUCCGAGAACAGGUUGUGAAACAUAUUCUUGAUCAUCAGUCUGCAGUUGCAACACAUGCACCAUGGUUCAAACAACGGGGAGUGAGCUCAGGUGUCCACUUUGUAGGAUAACAUUUAGCUCUACACAAGAUUUUGAAUGUCAUAAAGCAUCACCCCAACACCGAGUGAAUUGGUUGAUUCAUUGGUAUCAGAGCCAGAGGAACCUUUUAGCAGGUGAUAAGAAUGGGGUUGAAAUUUACCAUGAAGGAGAUCUCAACAAUACAAGUUAUGAUAGCAAAACUGGAACAAUAUCAGUUUUGCUCCAACCAGGUGAUGAGAAGGAUUUCAACAUAGUAAUCAGGAAUGCAUCUGAUAAAUCAGCUGUUAUUCUUCGAUUAAUUGAAUCACUUCAUGCCUCAAAGAGUAUCACAUUGAGUGAUAAGUAUGGUGUUACUAAGAACAUGAAGUUUGUGAGAAUACUACCAGGAAUUGAUUAUGCUAUCAACUGUCAUGUUGAGAGUCCAACAGUUGGUGUGGAAAGUGUUCCUUUUGCAUUUCAGUUUAAAUCAGAAGAUGACAACAUUUUCUUCAUAGUCAGAACAUUUGAAGUGAUAGUUGUAGAUAGCAUUGCUAAGGAUGCUGGACCAGUUUCUCCAUUCCAAAUGAUGAAACCCAAGUACUGCUCACUCCAUGAGAGAGGAGAUUAUAUUCCUGGAAUACCCAUUUCUGAUGAGGCCCGGACCUUCACACCCCGUAAUAUCCGUUUGGAAAAAUACAACUACCGACCCAGCUUGAAACAUAUAGCAUCUAAGAAUUUCAUUGUGAGCAAAGUUGCGCCCAGUGAAAAAGAAGAGACUACUUGGCUAAGGACACUAAUGAAGUCUGGAUUAAGUGAGAAAACAUACCAAGAUUGGUUCCAGACAAUGCUCUGGAUUGAAGAAAUGCAGAUGGAGAAGGAUAUUCAGUUCUAUAGUAUGCCGGAAGCUAGGUUGAAGAAGGUGCAAGCACAGAAUUACUCACAGGCUGAAUGUGUUGAACUACAGGUGUUGGGGUUAGCUGAAAAAAGACCUUCUAUAUUGAGAGGUGAUAGUGUGUUCAUAACUCAUUAUGGACAAAAGAAACCUGUAUAUGAAGGUGUAGUUCAUCAAGUGAAUGAGAAGUCAGUCUAUUUGGCUUUGAGUUACCAGUUUAUGAAUAGGUUUAUUGACAACUUGAAAGUCAGUGUAGAAUUCACUUUCAACCGACAUCCAUUGCGUGUGAGUCACCGAGCAGUUGUUCUAGCAAAGGAGCUGUCCUUGACCAAUCUGUUGUUCCCUGAAGGACCAAAAUCCUCACCACCCCCAGUUGAAAUAUUGCCAUUCAACCGCAACAUUCAGGGUAAUAAACAGCAAAUGGAGGCAGUUUGUAAUAUCGUUGCUGGAACAUCAAAACCAGCUCCAUACAUCAUAUUUGGACCUCCAGGCACAGGGAAGACAGUGACAGUCGUGGAAGCUAUUAAGCAGGUUCAUAGACGCCUGCCCAGCAGUAGGGUGUUAGCUGCAGCACCAUCAAAUGCUGCAGUUGAUCUAAUUGCAAAGAGGUUGCUAGAACAUGUUCCCAAGGCCCAGAUGCUUCGUAUGCAUGCUCAGUCUAGAUCGUACAACACAAUUCCGGCAGAGCUUCUGGAAAUCUCAAAUGUGAAAAAUUUCUCUGUUUACAAUAUGGAUGACAGUGCAAUGAAGGGAUAUCGCAUAAUUUUGUGCACAUUUGUGACUGCUGCCAGAAUUGCAUCUGCUUCUUUCCCACCUGGACACAUAACUCAUGUAUUCUUGGAUGAGUGUGGUCAUGCUAUGGAGCCUGAAUGCAUUGCAGCUCUGGCUGGUAUCAUUGAAAAUGAUGGCCAGGUUGUACUUGCUGGGGAUCCUUAUCAAUUAGGGCCUGUCAUAAGAAACCAGCAAUGUUUUUCAAGUGGAAAGUUAUUUACCAGCAAUGGCUUAGAUAAGUCCUAUCUUGAAAGGCUGAUGGAAAAACCCAUCUAUCAGCCAGAACACAGUCAACAUAACAAACAAGUUGUAACUAAACUGCUGAACAACUACAGAUCACACAAGGAUAUUUUAAAAGCAUCUAAUGAAAUGUUUUACAACAAUGAAUUGAAGUCAUGUGGUGACCAGGUGUUGGUCAACUCUUUGUGCAACUGGGAGUACUUACCUAAGAGAAAUUUCCCUCUGAUUUUCCAUGGAGUGAAAGGAAAAGAUCAGAGGGAGGGAAAUUCUCCAAGUUUCUUUAAUCCUUUAGAGGUAUCAUGUGUAAUAGACUACACAAAAAAGCUGCUGGAUUCUAGAAAUCCAAAGAUACAUGGCCGGGAAAUUGGAAUAAUCACACCUUACAGGAGACAAGUAGAGAAGAUACGGGAACAAUUGGGUAAGGCAAGAAUAGGCAAGGACAUAAAAGUAGGCUCACCUGAGGAGUUCCAAGGAGAUGAGAGAAGAGUGAUAAUUAUAUCAACUGUACGUGCCUCAUCAGAUCAGCUUAACUUUGAUGAAUUCUUCAAAUUAGGUUUCUUACGAAAUCCCAAGAGAUUCAAUGUUGCAGUUACUCGUGCUAAGGCUUUAUUAAUAGUUAUUGGAUGUCCACAAAUACUCCAGUUAGACAAACACUGGAAUAAAUUGUUGACCUUUGUGCGAGAGAGAAAAGGGUGCUGUGGGGCUUCAGUGACUGAAGAAACACAAGAUUAUGAUGACAUCCUUAAACGGUUUGACAUGCUAAAUCUCCGUCCUGUAGUGGGUGAAGGAUCUGUCGAAGAAAUAAGUGCCCGAGAGCUAGCAGAAGCCCCAGAAUGGAGAACUGAGUGUUGAUCAGUGAGUAAGAGAAGCUUACCUCUUGUGUUACUUGCAUGUGACACUGAAAUUUUUAUUUUCUGUAUGCAAUACUAUAUACAGAUAGGAAUGCAUUAUUAAAAAUAAUAUUUUUACCACAACGACCAAAAAAUUAGUUUUGCAGGAAAUCCGUGGAAAAUGUGCACGUUAGUAUGGUAUAGUUAACUUUCUGAAAACAAAUUUUUACUUUAGUGUGUUAUUAAAGGAUUAAUUCACAUUUUUACCAAAGUUAUCUUUGUAACAUGUCAAGUAUAGCACUGUACUACUAUGUAUUAGAUUACUCAAAACCUACAUUUGCUCAGUCACCCAAUGUAAUAAGAAAACUUGUGUAGUUUUUAUAAAUGGAAAUUUUUAAUUACCACUGAUAUGUAAUCAUAACAGUUAUUUCAAGAAGCAGUUGAUCAGUCAAAAAACAGGAUUUAAUCAUUACAGCAUGAAUGAAUGGCUAUGAGUUUUGUACAAAGUACAGUCCUAUAUUUAGGAAUAUAUUGAUUACUGUUAUGUAAUCAAAUACAGUACUCUACUGUAUAUUAGGAUAGAAUUUGUGAAAGCUUUAUUUUAUAGCUGUAUUAACAGAAAUAUGUUUUAGAUUGUGGAUGUAGUACUAUUUCAUGAAAUAAGAGGAAAAAAUCUUGUUUAAAUUGUGUUGGUACAUGAUUUCAAGUUUGGCAUUACAUUGUAGUUUAAGACAGUGUACACAUUUGUAGGUUAGGUUAUUGAGUCACAUUUAUAAGACCUGAUGCAAAGAAACUUGUACUGCCCACAGUGUGCCUUGCAUGACGCACUGUAGCUAAUGCCCAUUUACUGGGAGAAUCUGUAAGAUCUUACAUUACUGAUUUUGAUGUACUAUAGGUUUUUUAUUUCUUUAUAGUACAAUCUUUCUCAAGGUAUUCAACUAUGAUCAGAGAAGGCAGAUUUGCAUGUAUAUAUACUGAAAGUGGAUGGUCAUGUUAGCAUUAGCACAGCUAUGGUGAUUUUUUAAAAUCUUCCUGGGGUGUAUUUGUUUUCUGUUAGUGCAGUUUUGUUGUAGGUACUUAAAAUAUAUAUCUACCUAGUAAAACUGAUAUAACUCUAUAAUUCAACUUGGUACAAAUACAAUUAGGCAGAACUUGUUAAAGUAGUCGUGUAGAUGUAUUUUUUUAGUAUAAUUAACCUAAAGCAUUUCUUCAUUGCAUUAGUGGGAACGAGAUAGUUCCUUUGAAAAAGAUGUGUGAAGUUUAUGAAAUGACCUCAGAUUAUCAGCGUGACAAUUUUCCUUUCUUGCCUUCUCUACUCAUAUACAUCCUUGAAAUGUUAGGUUUAUUUUUGUAUUUUAAUGUUAAAGCCUUCUGAUACUGAGUAAGUCAUGUGGAUCAUAGUAAGUCAUUCAGUAUUGUGCAUAUAUUUCUUUUAUGGUAAUAAUGAACUGCAACCCAGUUUUAUGUGAUAUAGUCUUCUAAGAAUACCUUGUAUUGAGUGCUUAGUCUAUAAUAAGUUGGGAAUGUUUAGCUAACCAUUCAUUUGAUAGCCUUAAAUUUGAUAACUGCUUUUAAUAGAGAAUCAUAUAUGCCCCAACUUGACUAGUUGAUUUGUUUACUGAAUGUUAUAUAUUACCAUUUAGGACUUCCUACAAUAUUCACGUUUGAGAAGGAAGAUUUUCUUCAAAUUCAGUUAACUCAUAGUUUUAAGAAACCGUAAUUUAAUAAAUAUAGUCCAAACAUGAUCACUAUAAAAGACAAUCCUUCCGGCCCAUAAGAAUAUCCCUUUAACUAGACUCUUCAUCUAGAAAUUCUUGUACUGUGGCUGGAACAAUUCAGUUUAUCAGGGAGUGUGACUGUUCUUUUUCCAUCUUAUCAGGCUAAAGCUUUUCUGUCACUAGAGACAAGUGUCAGAUGUUCCCAUACUAAUUAUAAACCAGAUUAAUUUUACAUAACUUUUAACAUUAUACCAGUGCAUUUCUUUUAAAAUUAACAAUUCCUUUAGUGAUUAUUUUAUAUGCAGUGCUGGAUGUAAUUUUGGAUGAUAUUCAGGAACAGGAAUAAGCUCCAGCUAAUUGCCAAACAGUCUCCAACACUAAUUGAUAUGUUAAUAUUGUUAUAAGAGAGUUUAACCAAACCCACAAAGCAAAAAUGUGAUGUGAAUAUUUUCUUAUUUUGCAUUUGUUAAUCUUAUCAUCAGCAUUUUAAAAUGUCCAUCAUCACCAUUAAAGUAUUGACAUCAGACUUUCCCUUUAUGUCAUUAGAUUUGAAUUGUUGAUUUCCUUUUGGUCAUACGGACUUUUACUCUGGUCCAGGUCUUUGUGUAUGUCCUUUCUUUUGUAUUCCCAGUGUAACUCAAUGUUUAAAAACUUUUUAACCAUAAAUCAGUGUCAGUAAGGGAUGCAAAAUUCAGUGGCAUACACAAUUAAAAGGCUAGAGGUGGGACUGCAUCUACAGCUCAGUUCUCAAACUAUCAUCAGAUGAUGAUUUUGUGACUGGUGGUGGAGACAACUGUAUGAGCUGUGAUGAUAAUAUAUGUGCUGAAGGUGUAAAGUUUUUUUUUUUUUUUUUGCCGUUUGUAGUUUACCUUUCCUAUCAAAUGUAUUCUUCAACCAGGCUAGUACUGUACGUUGUUAGUAGUGGUUUUUCAUUGUUGUUUACCUGUAAUUGACACUUGUUACUUUUGAUGGUGGAAGAUCAGAAAAGUUUGCAUGUCGUCCGUUUCUCACCCUUGUUAAAGAUGUCUGCAUUUCAUCCCUUUCCCAUCCAUAUUAAAUCAUUCUCCUUCACUACGGGUCUGUGCCCUCUGUUUUGACUAUUCAUGCUAACAAAACUCGGCACACUGAUGUAAAAGACCAGGUAAUCUGUUUACAUGAUUUCUGCCAUUCUCACAUACACACCCGUGGAAAAUAAUUCACAUCUUAUGCACAAUUUAAUUUUUCACCCUUUUUAUGCAGUGAAAAUUGUAUUUGUUCCUACAAGGUACAAACCAUUGCCUUCACGGAGAGGGUGUUCUGUGCUUAUGCAUGAACUGGCUGUGAAUAUUGGAACGAGGCCAUGCCAUGGUGUAGAAGGGGUUGGGGAAUAUCCCACUCUACUCCACUCACCGACUUGGAUGAGUAGCUCUCUACGUUUUUGUUUUUACUUUUAUUUCUGUGGGGUUUUUUUUUGGUAUUUGUUGUCCUGCUCUUCUUACUGGACAUGAAACAAGCAAUGCUAGUGUGGGAAACUUGAUCAACCUUGUGGUUACUCCGUGUCUCCUUCUUUGGUAGGCCCAAAUAAGCAUUGUUUAUUGUUUAGGGGAAAAUCAUGCAUUAAUUCUCCUUUUUUAGAAUAUGCUGAUUGGUCUUUUCCUAAGUAGGUAAGUGUUGGGAAAUGUAGGAGGAAGGGCAGUAGAUGUUCACCAAUAUCAUCUGGGGUGUAUACCCUACAAAGGAUGCUGGAUCCUCGAAUUUUUCUAUCUGCAUGCUUCCAGUCCUUUACCAGCCAUACCGUUGUUUCAAAGUUCAUCAGGCCAUAUCCUUGUUCAAAGUUCAUGGCUGGUUGACACAUUCACACUGAAGACUCCACAUAAAAGGCGUUGGUCUGUACCUAAAAAAAAUAUUACCAUAGAACUUGUAGUUUUAUAUAUUGGUAAAUUUAGCAUGUUAAUAUUAUCUCAUCUAUUUGUUCUAUUUGUUAAUUUUCAUUGUGUAUGUGGGUAAAUUUAGCAUGUUAAUAUCAUCUUUUCUAUUUGUUAAUUUUCCUUGUUUAUGCAGAGGCCAAUGGAUUGUAUGUGGUUGUUACUUGCAGAAACUUUUUCUUGUGAGAGAUGAUGAUAGACUAGAAGUAUAAGAAUGUAUAAACGCUAGAAGUAUAAGAGUGUAUAAACACAACUAAAAUGUUUUAGUUUAGUAAUAAAGUGAAUGAAGUUAUUUAAAAUUGCAAAAGCAUUUUUUUUUCUUGAAUUGGAUUCAAGGAAUUUUUUUUUUUUUUUUCCAUAAAUACGGGAAGGAUGUACAUAAUUUGUUAUGGACAUUAUCUUUAAUUAAUGAAGGAAGCUUAAUGUAGUUUGUUAUGGACAUUACCUUUCAUAUUGACAUUACUUUUUCUUGAUACAGGAACCCUAUAUGUUUGUAGACAAUAUAUUUUUUUUUAUGGACAGAACUUUUCUUACAGGGCAUAUAUGUAGUUUGUUAUGGAUGGGCAUUACUUUUUCUUAAUACAGAAGUCAUGUACUACAUAGUUUGUUAGGGACAUUUGUGGGGGGGGGGGUGUAAUUGUAACCUUUUUUUUUUUUUUUUUUUUUUUUUUUUUUUUUCCUCUCUCUAAAUGCAGAUACAUUUUGUAACAAGUUGUAUUUUUGUUCUUUUAGUUUCAAUUGGGUAACGUACUGAUCUACUAUGACAAGUGUAUCAGAGAUAAUCUUAAACUUUCCUGUAGGAUUAAGUCCUUCUUAUUUCAUUUUAUACUGAUUUAUGUAUACCUCAUAUCAGUUUUUCAUGAUUAUUGUUUAAAAAUGAUUUUGUAAAUCCUAGUUAUGAUAAAUGGUUUCUUACAAAUAAACUGUAAGAUGGCU